UGGAGGGAGAUCUCUCAGUUCUUAGCCCUGCUCGUUUUGGCGGCGAUAUGCGUUAUCGUGCUCGGCAUUUGCGGUAUCUUUGUUCCGUCGCUCUUUGCAUCUGAUGCUGCCGAUAAUGUCACUGUGCUUGCAAAGCCAGGCUCUUGUGGACUUCUCAAACUCCAUGAUGCCACGGCUGAGAUUGCUGAGGUGUCGUCUGUCGCGUCCCGGGAGCUGGAUGAGACAACCUUCGCAAGACGCUAUGCAGCCCAGUUCUAUGGUAAUGAGUCUGUCACUGAAAGGAUGCAAUCCACGUUCCCUAUUCUUUCUUUGCCAUUUAGAACGGACAACUCAGCGCCGUGUCCUUUCGAUGCCCAAAUGUGCUUUCCAGGCCCCGGGGAGUCAAUAAGUUUCGACACAGGAUUGCUUGACUCACAUAAACAUCUCGGAAUCAAUGCACGCAAAAAGGAUAGAGUCCAGUAUCGUUGGAAAGCGGCUUGUGCACCGCUGAAGCUCAACGAAACCAUGUUCAAUGUGACGGAAGAAGGCGGAACCAACACCACAACCAAAUACGCUGAGUUCAGCCUCGGUCCAAACGAAAACAACGCUUUCACAUUUUCUUGGAGAUUCAGAGAUCCUGAGAACCGAAUUGGCUACCAAGUACAGACUGCAUCCUCGUCCCGGGGAUUCCGCGAUGCUGGGAACCUCUCCUGGGUCCCAAUACCUCCCUUGUGGCGUCCGGACGCAGACAUAACUCUGGUCUUCAUUACCCCAAACACGAUAGCGUACUCUACUAUGGUCAAUGACACAGUAUUCCAAGCCAAUGGCACAGUAAAGCCUAUCUUGGAAAGCGAAUACGGAAAGCUAUACCUGCCUGAUUACAACGCUCGCUUUAUCGCUUGUGCGGACCAGCAUGAAUUCUGCAACCCAACCAAUGGGCUUUGCUCCGGACUGGAUGGCAUCCUAGGCUCGGUGACGGGACCAUUCUCGACUAUGUCAACCACAAAACAACUAGCAACUGUAUCACGGAUAAGUCAUAAUGCAGAGUUUUAUACUAUGGAGAGAAGUCUUAAGGAACUCGGAAGUAACGGUUUGAUCGCAAACUCUCUCAUUGGCAAUACAAUGCUUGUUUCCCCGGGAUUACCUGAUGAUCAAUGGCAACUUGAAACCAGACGCUGGUUCGAGACUGGUCUUGCAAAGCUACAGGCUAACACCAAGAAUUUUGCCAACCUACCCUACUCCGAUCGGGACUCUAUUGCAUACAAGUUCAUACCAGCUGGAAACCUUACCAACGCUACGGACCUAAAUUCUGAGUUGCACAAAUUAUGUUCACAACAGCGAAUUCGGUCAAACGGCCAGGUCCAGAACUUUAACGUGGCCAGUCUCGCAAUUCUAAUGGGAGUCAGUUUGAUUGCCGUGUUUGUUAGUGAACUGUUGGCCCCGUGGGGUAUGGAGCGAUUUUGCCAGGCGGCUUACAAAGAGUGGGAGGCUGACGGGCUGCUUGGGGUUUGGAAAAGGUAUAUUGACCCACAACAGCAAAGGCGAUGGGUCAAAGGCAAGCAUGAGGUCUAUGUCAUUAUGGAAGAUUCACCUGAAGAAGUUCAAUUAGUUAGCAGAUCAAGCAAGUAG